GAAGCAAAACGAAACACCAGCACACCACAAACGAAACAAGUAGUAGAUUUUGUGCGACUCUGUAUUGGCUUUGGGGAAAAACCCAGAGAGUGUCUUGGCGAAGUAAAAUAGAAUGGCCAUGAGCUUGCAAAUGCCCAUCUCCACUUCUCUUCCAUCUUCAUCUUCUUCACCAUGCGUUAGGCUAAGGAGUAGAAAUUUCAGGACCCUUUGUACCAUGAAUGCCAAAGCCAAAGCUAAAAUCCCAAUCCCCCCUAUAAACCCAAAGGACCCCUUCUUGUCGAAGCUCGCUUCGGUGGCUGCAACUUCACCCGAGACGUUACUCAAUCGGCCUGUCAACUCUGAUACUCCUCCAUAUUUGGAUUUGUUCGACGCACCGAAGCUCAUGGCUACCCCUGCCCAAGUGGAAAGGUCAGUUUCAUACAAUGAACACAGACCGAGGAGGCCGCCACCUGACUUGCCAUCACUGCUGCUCCAUGGAAGAAUAGUUUAUAUUGGAAUGCCUUUAGUGCCAGCUGUCUCGGAACUUGUUGUAGCAGAGUUGAUGUACCUGCAGUGGAUGGAUCCUAAAGAACCGAUAUAUAUUUACAUAAACUCUACAGGGACAACACGUGAUGAUGGUGAAACUGUUGGAAUGGAAACAGAGGGUUUUGCUAUCUAUGAUGCAAUGAUGCAGUUAGACAAUGAGAUACAUACAGUUGCUGUUGGGGCUGCUAUAGGUCAAGCCUGUCUAUUACUUGCUGCUGGAAGUGAGGGCAAACGGUUUAUGAUGCCACAUGCCAAAGCAAUGAUCCAACAGCCACGUAUCCCAUCAUCUGGGUUGAUGCCUGCUAGUGAUGUGCUUAUUCGUGCAAAAGAGGCAAUAACAAAUAGGGAUACCCUUAUAAGACUUCUAGCCGAACACACAGGGAAUUCAGAAGAGACCGUAAAUAAGGUGAUGAAAAGACCAUAUUACAUGGAUUCUACAAGAGCUAAAGAAUUUGGGGUGAUUGAUAAGAUUCUUUGGCGUGGUCAAGAGAAGAUUAUGGCAGAUGUGGCACCUCCAGAGGACUGGGACAAGGGUGCUGGAAUCAAAGUUGUAGAUGGGUUUUAAUUUUAUAGUGUAUACAACCUAAUCAUCAUAGGCUGAAACUUGCAACGUGAGACGACACCGCACGGCCAUUUGCUACUAAACAAAUUGUCAUAUGAAUUUGAUCCCUUUUAGUUCUUGUACUGAGCUAGGUAGUGCUAUAGCCAGGAACUGAAACUUGAGCUUGUAUUGGAAAAUCCAGAAUAUACUUGGGAUCAUUUGAUUGUCCAUCGGAAAUUGAAUGGAACCACUUAAUGUGUUGGUGAUAGAACUAGUAAUGUCAAUACGAUUUUGAGUGGAACCUUUGAAUAUUAUUUUCUUUUAAUGAAUCCAUUGAAGAAAAUUUAGUCACCACCAAA